CGGCGGACUAGUCAUGUGACACAUUGGCCGAUGAUCGUCCAGGAUUUUAGUUUUUUUUAGUAGGAUCAUGUAGACGGCUUCUGAAAAAUAUCAACUGUUAAUAAAAAAAAUAUAAUCGGACAAUAGACGGAUGUUUAUAAUUACAGUAAUAAAAAGCCGUGCCAUACUUUCUCGGGUAACCACUCAUUUGUUUGGAAGUUAGUAUCGGGUGAUCAAUUUGCAAGGUUUCGCGGACUGACAGACCGGUGACUCUCACAGAGCACAAACAUGGCGUUAAAGGAGGAGAACAAACGGCUGCUUGCCGAAGAUGACGAGUCCGAACCUUCUCUUUCAAAUAGUCACAGCCGCUAUGACAGCGAUUCGGAGAGGCAAAUGUCGGCCUGCUGCGACCCCAGCCACUUACUGCACAGAAUUAUCGUUUUGAUUUUUAUGUGUUUCUUGGGCUUUGGUAGCUACUUUUGCUAUGACAAUCCAGCAGCCCUUCAGACUCAGAUUUUGCAGGAUAUGCAUGCCACUACUUCCUCCUUCAUGCAGCUUUAUGCACUUUACUCCUGGCCUAAUGUUGUGCUUUGCUUUCUUGGUGGCUUUCUGCUUGAUCGAGUUUUUGGUAUACGGUUGGGUACUGUGAUUUUCAGUCUUUUUGUCUGCAUUGGACAGGUAAUAUUUGCAUCUGGUGCAUUAUUUAAUUCCUACUGGCUGAUGGAACUUGGCAGAUUUGUGUUUGGGAUUGGUGGCGAAUCUCUUGCUGUUGCUCAAAACACAUAUGCUGUUAGCUGGUUCAAAGGAAAAGAACUUAAUCUGGUGUUUGGGCUUCAACUCAGUAUGGCCAGGUUGGGCAGUACAGUAAACAUGAAUAUUAUGGGUUGGGUUUACUCAAGAAUUGAAUUGACACUGGGACACUCUGGUUACACAGCCCUUGGCAUUACACUUAUGAUCGGCUCUGCCACUUGUGUGUUUUCUUUAAUAUGUGCUUUGGUUCUUGGUUACCUGGACAAAAGAGCUGAGAAGAUUUUAAAUAAAGAGCAAGGGAAAACUGGUGAAGUGAUAAAGCUGACAGAUGUUAAAGAUUUUUCUUUAUCCCUUUGGCUUAUAUUCAUUGUCUGUGUUGGGUAUUAUGUGGCAAUUUUUCCAUUCAUCGGUCUUGGCCAGGUUUUUUUCAUUGAAAAAUUCAACUUUUCUCCAGCUCAGGCACGUGCAAUUAACAGCAUUGUGUAUAUAAUUUCUGCUCCAGCAUCACCUGUUCUUGGAUUUAUGGUGGAUAAAAUUGGAAAAAAUGUGAUCUGGGUGUUAUGUGCUGUUGUUACAACUCUAGCAGCUCAUGUGAUGCUGGCUUUUACUUUCUGGAAUCCGUGGAUUGCAAUGAGUUUGCUGGGAAUUUCUUACUCACUUCUUGCUUGUGCAUUGUGGCCAAUGGUGGCUUUUGUAGUUCCAGAGCAUCAGCUGGGAACUGCAUAUGGUUUUAUGCAGUCUAUCCAGAAUCUGGGACUUGCUGUCAUCUCUAUAGCUGCUGGCUCAAUAUUGGAUAACCGUGGUUACUUAUUCCUUGAAGUUUUCUUCACCUCUUGUGUUUGUUUGGCGUUAAUUGCUGUGGUAAUGUUGUAUUUUGUGGAUCUUCUGAGAGGAGGUGAACUUAACUUAUCAGCCAAACAAAGACUAAAACGCCAGAAAAUUUCUGAAGCUGAAUGAAGAUCUUGCAUAGCAUGAGUCCACCUGAAGUAGACACCCAGUGGGCACCAAACAUCAUCCAGAAGAACUUUACGUUUCUUUAAUUCUUUCACCUUGGGCAGUGGUGAUCAGCUCAUUUUACUGACUUUCCUUCAAUACAGUUCUUUAUUUUAUGUCAGAUGGAUUAGACCAUCCAUUUACAUUAGAUACAGCUGCUCUUUUAAUUUAGGAUUUAUAUACCUGAAGUAUAAGUCAAUUCAUUUGCAAAUGCUGCUGGAAGUCUUUUGUUUCAGUUACUAUACAGUCACAUUUCUGAAAUAGGGAAUUUUUAAGUGUUUAUUGGCAACAAAUGCUCUUUUUUAAUUUAAUUUUUUUUUUUAAAUAUGAUAUUCAGUUAAUUUUAUAUUUGAAACGGAGUAGAAUCAUUGUUAAGAAGUGAAGUGGUGCUGUACUGUAGAAUGGCAAAUUAACUGAUAGGUCUCUCCAAACUGAGUAAGGUCUCAAAGUAUGCUGUCUUAGUUUAUGUGUACCUGCUAUAAAGCUUGAAUACCAAGAUGUAACUUUACAUUUCAUUGACUUAACAAAAAAGUCCUGAAACCAUCAGUUAAAAUCUUAUUUGUAACUCCAGAUUUAUAUUCUCAUUAUACUGCUUCAUUACAUUUUGAAAAUUAACAAGGCAACUUUUUACCUCCUUUUUUUAUUCCAUUCUGAAAUUCCAUUAUCUUCUGCAGGACCUUGGGGAAAGUAUUGUGAAUAAAAAAACACUUGUGCUUUAUUCAGUAGGUCUUUCAUUUAGGUAUUUUCUUAGUUUGAUGUUUAUCUGCAGUGUUUAAUAAAAUUUAUAAAUUAAGGUUAUGCAGGGUCACCCAACCCAACCCACUAUGUAGAGCACAGGUGUCGAACUCCGGUCCUCAAGGGCCGCAGUGGCUGCAUGCUUUCAUUCUAAGCAUCUUCUUCAUUAGUGAGACGUUUUUACUCCUAAUUAACUUCUUUUGCUUUAGUUUUAAUUAACUUGACGCAGGCCCCUUAGUUGUCUCUUUUUCCUUAAUUAGUAGCCAAACAAUAAUGAGACAAACAAGCCACCAUAUGACCAGCUCACCUGUACCCAUCACACAAUAUCUGAAAAUAAAGAAAAGUGAAGGUCUCAGUAAGGUUGAUCUCUCAGGUCACCAAAACAUUUUGACAGUGUUCUUAGAAAAAACAAAAAAAUCAACAAAUUUGGAAAUAUCUGCUGUGGCAGAAUGAGAGCAGCAACAAGCCAUUGAAUUAAAUAACGGGCUUAAUUAACAUCAAGAAUCAGCUUCUCAUUAAGAGACUGUUUGGAGUGAAAUUGGUUGGAGUUUGAAAUCCCAGUUUAGCUGGUCAUCUGUUGGCUCGUUUCACAUCUCAUUUCUGUUUGGCUGCCAUUUAAUGAAGAAACAAAUCAAUUCAAAGGACUGAAUCCUUAAAAACAGGGCCUAUUGAAAUGAAGGGAAAAGGAAUUAAUUGGCAGUGAAAACUGCUCACUGAUCAGGAAAAGGGUUAGAAUGAAAACCUGUAGCCACUGCGGCCCUCCAGGCCUGGAGUUCAACACCCCUGAUGUAGAGCGAGUCUUUAUAAGAGGAAUAUUUGUAAUGUAUCACUUAAAUUUUAUUCAUUUAUAAGUUUAAAAAAAAAAAAAGUGUUCCCUACUUCCCAGUUAAGGUUAUAUAUUUUUAAUGGCAUUGGUCAUUAAAUCAAACUGUGAUAAGGCACUUUUUGUUAAUUUAAAUACUGUUUAAUAAUGCUGCUUAAAUACACUUUGUGUCGCUUCAUUUUUAACAUUCAGAUAAAGGCCCUCUCAAUUUUUCCACCACAAUAUAUUUUUUGGAGCCAUGAUGCUCCCUAUAAUAUGAGAAGUUGAGCCGCAUGCAUAACAAGUUGGCUGUAAAACUGACAGACUUAAUGUGACCCACCAACAUCCAGAAGAGCUGGUGCAUGCACAUAAUUUAUGUUCAUUGUUGUUGGUAACAUGAAAGUGAGUUUUAAAUAACUCUUAGUAUAUCUGAGCUUUUGUAAAGCUGUUGUUUGUGUUUCGGGGAAGCCCUAUGUCUGGAGUCUUGUGACUAUUGAUGCUGGUAUAGGUUGGGGCCCACCACAAUUGAUCAAUUAAGAAAAGCUUAGGCAUUUAUGAAGAGGCUCUUUGUAACAAUGUAGUGUGAUACAGGGGGAGGACAGUGGUUAGUGUGUGUUUUGGAUGGUUGUAGUUUAUUGCAAAUCAUUGCCAUUCAAGUCGUGUCACAUAAUGUUGUUUUGCUUACUUUGAGACCUUACUAUAUUUAAAAAUGGAGAGCGUUCUCUCCAGUGUAGACAAAGCACUGAAACUAGCACUUUUCUGACUGCUGGGCGGUCCAGUAAAUUCAAGUGGUUGUUUUUGUUUCCUGAAAUAAACUGCAACACUCUCCGUCUAAUAAUGUCAAGCACUUUAGGUUUAUAUUUUUACUACAGUUUCACUUCAUUCUGCUAUAAUAUUGUUAUCUUGUAGAAAAUAAAAUUGAAAAUAAAGUAAAA